UGGGAUCGUUUAAUCGGCCUUGUGCAAUCCGUUUCUCCUUCCUCAACUGGUUUGGUCUGCUCAAAAUGGCGUUCCUCCCGUAGGGGUCGUAUGUGAUCCAUCUGUUACAUUUUCAGUCCUCUGAGCUCUUUUCUUCUCCCCUGUGUCGUCUCACCCUGGCCGCCAUGUUCGCCACCGUCGGCCUGAGGACGGUUCUGAGGUCGUCGUGCUGUCUGCUGCGGGAAAGCUCCGCUCCGUGCUCGGCGGUGUCAGUCAAACCUCUGCUGACUGGACCGUCGGUGAGCCGCGUUGCAGGGAGUUUCACCAUUCCACCACCAGUCAGGCAUUAUGCUCGAGUUGCAAAGAAGAAGAAGACAGGCCCUGAAAGCCAGCUCAGUGAUCUUCCACCAACGUUGCUGAAAUUGGAUUAUGCAGCUGUACCUCUUGCUCAAACAACGGAUGAUGUUGUUAAGCGACUGCUUUCACUGGAGCUGGCGAGUCAUACUGAAAAGCUUCAGCUGAAAAAGGAACAGCUGAUUGCGAAAGUUCAGAGGGAUGAGAGCGAUCGCAGCUCAGUGGAGGUUCAAGUGGCUGCUCUGACUGCAAGAAUUCGGAAUCUUCAGGAGCAUCUGCAAAAACAUCACAAGGACAAGGCGAACAAGAGGCGGAUGCUCAUGGCCAUCGACAAACGGAAAAAGCUUUUGAAAAAUCUCCGGCUGGUUCGAUUUGAUGCCUUCGAGAAAGUGUGUGAGGAGCUAGGCAUCACCUACACCUUUCCCCCGGAGUACUACAGACGGGCCACCCGACGCUGGCUGGCCAAGAAGGAAUUCUGUAUCAAGGUCUUCAAAGCCGUGCAGAAGCAGAAAGCAGAGCAGAAGCUGAAAAUGGCCUCCACUGGAACACAAGUGGCCAAGUCGAGAGCAGCUGAGACCCCAUGAAAGACAAUAAACGCUCUGUUGUUCAUUCUACGUACUUGUCUUGACAAAAAGCUUUACUUUUAUGCUUUUCACAGGUAUACUAUGUGGUUUUAGUUUCAGGUUGUCAGAAGUUGCUGAAAAUGUUUGAACUGAAUGAAAAUAAACUGUCCUGUGCAAAAUGUA